UCCCUGAGCCAAAUAUCUUUCUCCUCUUAACGGUCGGCGAGUAAACGGCACUGGAAUACUGAAAUAAGCGUCUUCAUCCGUAACGUUGUUUAAAUCAGGAACCGUGUUAGUUGUGAUGUUCGUAUAAACGAGCUCCGUGUAAAGUGUUCGGUUCGCCGCUGUGAAGGUAUUUUUUUUACAGGAGGUGACAGAUCACCACGUCUCGUUUCACCGGCGCCGACAGCAUUUACUUUAUGGUGGGAUACUGAGCUAAUGUCUCCACGUGCAAUUACUACUGAGAGGAACCGGUUUCGUCUCAAGUGAACUCUGCCUGUGUUCGUGGUUAAGAGUCGGGUUUGUAAGCUAACCGCCGUUAACCUGCGGCUGCUCCUUUUGCUUUCGGUGCCGGCUGAAAUGGAGGGACAUGUGACGUUGCCAUCAGGGCUGGAGGUUUAACGGUAGCCCGAGCUGCUCUCUGACCGAGCUGACACUGAAGCUAGUAGAGUUUCAGGCUGUUCAUGAUGCACCAGCAGGGCUCGUUGAUGCCCCCCUUGCUCGGUGAUGUAUUCUGCCAGUGCCGGUCGGGGGUCGACCCGGGCGGCGGAGGCGGGCACGCCGAUGACCCCUCAUCAGCUUCCCCGUCUAAACCGGUCACCCGACAGCCCGUGGCCGAUGACUGGCACUCUGACUCCGGCCAGUCAGCGCAUCCAUGUGACAUAUGUGGAGGACCCGAGCAGGAGCACAGACUAAAAGUACUGUUCCAGGUUCUGGAUGUGAACGGUGAUGGAGGCAUUUGUGUCAACGACUUGACCAUUGGGCUGAAGAAGUUGGGGGUACACCGCACUGAACACGAGCUCAUGAAAAUAGUGAAAGCAGGGGACAAAGACCUGGACGGACAGUUGGACUUUGAGGAGUUUGUUCAUUAUCUCCGAGACCACGAGAAGAAACUCCGCCUCGUCUUUAAGAGUCUGGACAAGAAGAAUGAUGGUCGGAUCGACUCACAAGAGAUAAUGCAGUCUCUGCGGGACCUGGGAGUGAACAUCUCUGAGGAGCAGGCUGAGAAGAUUCUCCGGAGUAUGGAUAAAAACGGAACAAUGACGAUUGACUGGAACGAGUGGCGGGAUUAUCACCUCCUCCACCCAGCAGGCAACAUCCCAGAGAUCAUCCUCUACUGGAAACACUCCACGAUCUUUGAUGUCGGGGAGAGUUUGAUGGUGCCUGACGAGUUCACGGCAGAAGAGAAGCAAACAGGAAUGUGGUGGCGACACCUAGUGGCCGGAGGAGGAGCUGGGGCCGUGUCUCGAACCUGCACAGCACCACUGGACAGGCUCAAAGUUCUCAUGCAGGUUCACGCCUCCAAGAGCAACAGCAUGCACAUCGCUGGCGGCUUUUCCCAGAUGAUCCGAGAAGGCGGUGUGAGGUCACUGUGGCGAGGCAACGGCAUCAAUGUCAUCAAGAUCGCCCCUGAGUCUGCUAUUAAGUUCAUGGCCUACGAGCAGAUUAAACGACUGAUAGGAAGUAACCAGGAGACGCUGGGCAUCGCAGAGCGGCUGGUAGCCGGCUCCCUGGCUGGAGUCAUUGCUCAGAGCAGCAUCUACCCCAUGGAGGUCCUGAAGACACGGUUAGCCCUGAGGAAGACGGGUCAGUACUCAGGCAUCUUGGACUGUGCCAAACAUAUCUUCCAGAGGGAGGGUGUGGCCGCUUUUUACAAGGGCUACGUCCCCAACAUGCUGGGCAUCAUCCCCUACGCUGGCAUCGACCUGGCCGUCUAUGAGACUCUGAAGAACUCUUGGCUGCAGCGCUACGCCACAGACAGCGCUGACCCCGGAGUGUUUGUUCUUCUGGCCUGUGGCACCACCUCCAGCACAUGUGGUCAGCUCUCCAGCUACCCGCUCGCCCUGGUCAGGACUCGAAUGCAGGCACAAGCCACCCAGGAAGGAGGCCCUCAGAUGAGCAUGACGGGCCUGUUCAGACAUAUCGUCAGGACCGAGGGGGCCACGGGACUCUACAGAGGCCUGGCCCCCAACUUCAUGAAGGUCAUUCCAUCAGUCAGCAUUAGCUACGUGGUCUAUGAGUACCUGAAGAUCACCCUGGGGGUCCAGUCCAAGUGAGGAGGGAGGAAGACAGAAGAAAUCCAGAGGCUACAGGCUUCUUCGCUUUUCUUCUGGAUCUAAGAAACAAGCAGCUGAAAUUCUCCACAUUUAAAACAUUCAAUUCAAAGUCCAGGGUUUAAAGGACAAAAGUGAGAUGAUGUAAAUGAAGAGGAAUGAGAACUGAUGAGGACGAUGAAGACUUAGUGGAAGGAGGAAAUCUUAACUGAAGCAAUUACUAUGGUUUGCUGUUUUUUUAAUCAUUCCGUUAGCAAUUCAGAAGUUCAGCACCUAUGGUUGCCACGGUAACUAGGUGUUCAGGCUCGCAUGAUUACAUGACUUCCCACAAUCAUUUUUCUUUUUUUUUUUUUCUUUUUACAAACAUAAAAUCAUUUGAUUCAUUUUGGCGUAUCAGUGGUAGCUCCUACAUUCACCAAAUAAAAUACUAAUACUAGUUAUUAGUACUGAGUGGGAGGCUCCCGUUAUAACCUGAAAGGGUCACUUCACAGAGUAGUGGAGUCUGAUCACGUGACCACAAGACGAUGGCGGAGGAUUCGGUGUCGAAGCCAAAAGCAAAAGCAUCUACCUGGGAAUCUUUUGGAUUUAAAUCCAGUGUCAGAAGGGAACCUGGACAUGAAUGAGCCAGGCACACUGUGUCUGGAGGAAGCAGCAGCUGGUAACACUCCUGAUCUACAGAUGCUGAGCCGACACGUGUUCGGUGUAAUCUGUAACACCUGGUGUCGUCACCGGUUUAUUACCCAGUGGGAAAAUUUGCACAGCCUAUCAGCACCUUUUGACUUUGUUUAGGAAAACUCAAGUUUACAUUGAAUUCAUUGAACGUUUACUGGUUUACUGGUGGACCAGUAAACACCUUGUACCAGUUUGGGCACUGACACUGACAGUGGUGUGGCAGGUCGCAGUCUUGAAGGGCUUUAGGUUUAUCAUAAAGCAUUCCCCAUGUCUCUCAUCACUGACUGUGCACUGAGCAGAGGUGGAUCUAACAUCUGCAGGUGUGUAAAUUCCCUGUGUGUGUUUAAUGUGCUCCGUCAUGUUCGAUCUGUCCCUCAGCUUUCUUCUGACAGUUGAAGACAGACUUCAGUGUGGACUGAGAAACUCUGUAGUGCCAUCAGGACCGUGCAUUAAGAAACAUUAGCUUUCAGUGCCUGGGCCUCAUAUACGGUCUGAUAGAUGAGGUCAUGCAUAUAAAACAAAACCACAACUAAACUGUCACAGAUACUUGAUUCUUAAACAUGUGGUGAAACUAGCAAAAAUGUUUUUUUCAGAUUUUUACAGUUUUAUUUCUUUGAUCUGUUUUCAAACUUCUUUGGCAGCCAUGUUUGCGCUCGGAGGGUGAACCUCUCCAUCACUCCAUCACUCUCCUCAGGCCUAAAUGUGAAUUGUGUCAUGAUAUCGUCUAAACACAUUAAUGCUUCCAAAGGGAUGAAUCUUAAGUUGAGUCACCCUCUUCCUCCAGUGCCACCUUCGCACUACCCACACCCUGCCUGUGGUAAUGAUCCUGGAGUAUCACUGUUGUAUUGCUGUUUGUUCCGUCCAGUACAUCUGUGCUGGGCGGCGUUGUGAGCGUUGCAGUUUGUGAAGAAGGUACUGAUCCAGGUUCAGUUGUGCUUUUCCAAAAACUGAUAGAUUUUAAAUACAAAGCUGAAGAUCCGCUGGAGGCUGAGCUGUCAGACUGUCAGAUGUCGUGCACUUUGGUGGUGGUUGAUGUUGAUAUAUAGAGCAGUGUUCCUACACGCUGAGUGUUGCAUUAGGCACAGUCACUCAGUUAUGGUUGGUGCCAUUUAAGCCAGACGCUGAACAGCACCCUCUGUGGCCACGAGAGACAGUUACAGAAUAAUAACAUUGAGUUUCCUCUGGAGUCAGUUACAUCAGCAGCUUUACAGAGCAGGAACCAGCACGUCUCCUGGUGACCUUCAGUCUGUUUACUUCUUGUGGUAAACUGCUGAAAUGUUAAAAUGUAGUGUAACAUUAGCACAUUAAUACAGAGGCUAUAAUGUCAGUGAACUGACUCAGUAAUGUCAGUCACACAGUGUAUCCAUCUAAAGCCUUCUAACAUUUACCUGACCAGGUACGGCUGCAGCAGCAAAUCCCCUCAGUGUGUUUUGUUUGUUAUUAAUUAGAAUGUAUGUGGCCGGGCUUUAAUGUCAUCUGCUGGUUUGGUUUAGGUUUUGACUCUGUUGUUUAGCAUUUAGCUGUACACUGAGUGAAAGCAACAACAGAGGAAAUACUGACUGAAGGUAUGUGGCUACCUUCCACUUCAGGGCCGGUUUUAAUAGUGAGAGAGGAUUAGAAAGGAGAAGGAAAACUCUACACUCCCUACCAAACACAAGACUGAAUCCUUUCCAUAAUUAGACUUUUUCAUGAAGCAUCAGUGUGUUCACCUGUGAAGAAGGGCUCCUGCUCCAUUUUUAUUGGAGAUGCAGCUAAAGCAGGCAGAAGCCGUAAUCACAACAUUUUCUGGUUUUGAAAAAUGAGAAAUGAAACUUCAGUCAUGAAGGCCAGUUGAUCCUGGUUUUACAAAAACAGGUGAUUAAACUUGAAUUUUUCUUUUUCUUUGCAUUUAAUAACAUUAGUCUGAGGGCUGUCAGAUAGAAAAUAUCUGAGCCCAAAAACUAGACAUUUUCUCAGUGUCAAUUAGAACAAGAAAGAUUAUAUAAUAAACAAUGAUAUGUAAUUGACAAAAUUAUUAAUUUUGAAAACUCGUUUGUGUUUUCACUCACCACAGAGUUACUCUCAUCAAACAUCACAAUGAUCUUAUUUUGCUUUGGCAGCAUCUUUUCAGUGCUGACAGUAUAAUACUGUGACAGUUCAGAGGUUAACGUCUCUCUAAACUGUACACAAGCUUUAGCAUUCACCUCCAUUCCUCCUUAACUCCUGUACAAUAUAUCAGUUAUGUUUUUUAAUCAGUUUCUUUUCAUUAAAUCAAUGUGAAGCAUCAAGAGAAAACAUGUAUUUGUGUUGUGUACAAGGGAAACUGUCUGACAAGGAUUUAUAUUGUAUAUUUCUGUUAGUUUGUUUAAGUUGGAUCUUUAAGGAAUAUUUCAUCACCAUGUUGUCUUGUACGAUGUAAAUCAACACUCCUUUAAGUUACAUGGUAAGACAGCCAAUCAGAGGAAGCGCUUCCAGCCUGACUGAUGUCUGUGUCACAGAUUCCCAUCAGUGCCUUGUGUGCCAAGCCUCUCUGACGUAAAUGCACCUGAACACGAUAAGAGCUGGGGUCUGUGGGACACUGAAUGCACUUUAAGGUACUCUGCUUUAAUUCCUGUUUUUGUUUUAUUUAUUACUGUAUUUAUUUAUUUAUUCUUUCACAAAGGAUUAAGGACUGAAUGUGUGAUCGAUUGUACUGAAUCAUUUCAUUUUUAUGUGGCUGUUUGAUUUUACAGUAACCUGUGGUCUUGGUGGAAAACUGAGGCUUGUUUUUGAGUGAUAAAUACGGAGGCCCAAAGUGUCCAAUAUUAAAGGCAGUAUGCUAUUUUAUGCCCCUAGGGGUCUCUCAAUCAAAACAAUAACAAGUGAUGGAGUUUGGUGAAUUUGUGAAGUCGCAGGGGAUCAUAGAUAUGAUUUUUAUUUGAUUAUUGAUUUUUCAAAGUGUCCUUUUUACAAAUGGAAGUCUGUUUUUAUUUCAUCAUGGCAGUUUUCCCAAUAACACUUUUAUGUACUGUGUAGUUUUAUUUCCUAAUGUUACUUUUCAUGUGUUGCCUCUCACCUUUCACAUACCCCCAUCCUCUCUACAAAAUUUGGCCAGUUAGCACUUGUUAGCUAAAGUCGAAUUCGACUGUGUGGCUGCUGCUGUAAAUAAAAAGUGCACAGACACAUAAACGAAUAUCUUCUUCUAUUUAUUCAGGGUAGAAAGGCUGCUAAUGCUACCUGUCUAGCUGGCUAAGCAGCUAGGUCAGCAAUUGAUCUUAAAUUAUUACUCGGCUUCAAAGUGAAGAGCCAGUGUUAGCCGUGUUAGCUAGCUCCUGUUAGCUCGAGCGACCACAAAGAUAGUCUUUUCACUCUUCAGAGUUGUUUGUCUAUAGCAUCAAAACACUGCUGAGUUAACUCUGCUAACAUUAGCUGCUCCUGUUAACACUGUGUCUUCACUUUGAUGCUGAAUAAUAAACCAAGCUCCCUAACCGCAUCCACCUAGACAGCCAGCUAGGUAGUUAGCAUGUGCAGCCUUCUUAAGCUAAAUAAAUAAAAGGAGAUAUUAGUUUCUGUGCCUGUGUACUGUGUUGAUUACAACAGCUGCCUCUAGCUGGUUGAUUCACAAUUUCUUUGACAUUGUAGUUGCUCAGGCCAACAGGAGCUAACUGGCUAAAUCUGGUAGCAGUUGUUUAGCUCACUAGCUUAAUAGCGAGGGGACUGUGCUUUGAGGAAAAAGGAUAUUUUGACCACAGAAGAACUUGUUAAAUUUUGUCGCAGAUCAUUUAAAAAGAAUUUGGAUUUUUUUUUUUAAGGAUGGUGUAUGCUGAUUGACAUUGGCUUUGGUGCAGGUUUACAAAUUAUUGCUUUAUUUAAAUAUUUUACACAAUUUAUUAAUGUGGUCAUUUAUUUUAGAAGUACUGAUUUUGGGUCUCCGUGAAAAGAUUCCUCUGAUUUCACAUCAGUUUGUUGUGAUGAUAAGACAGAAAGCAUUUCAGCUGCAAACACUGCUCAGGCUUAAGCACAGCUGACUGUAAAGAAUAAACACAUUCAGUGACAGAUAUAAUCUGAACAGGAUCUCUUCAUACUGAAUCAAAUGUAUGUUGUGGAAAGCACGGUAAUAAAAAGGAUGGAUGUAUUCGUUAAAAGGCCAGCUCCCCUGCUCUGCAAAGCAACAGUCUGUGCGUGUCUCUGGUAGGACUGCAGUCUCACACGUUGGACUGUGCUUGUGACCUUCAGAAUACCAUGCUGCUUUCGUCAGCUGCCUUACUCCAGCAUCACAUCUGCUUUUGAACUCACGCUGUGUCUUAGCAGCAGGUGGAGAAGAGAUGAUGGGCUUAUGUUUGCUCGUUUGAGUGUUGAUCCUCUUUCACAGGUCCAUCCCUCUUUCCUCCUCUCGCUUCCUGGCAUAAGUGUUAAUCUGACCCCUUGCUCUGAUAUCAUAUAUGCAUAAAUUAGUGACACAGAAUGAUGUCACCCUGUGGCUGUGUGUAAAUGUUUUCCAUAUUUUGUACAGUAAAAAGUAACUAAUGUCUUAAAAGUAGCCCUUACUGUACGUUGUACUGACCAACCAACCUGUACAGGAACUACCAGACUAUACAAACUAAAGGCUACAAUGUAUAUUGGUAAAUGAUGGCAUAGUUUUCAAAAUGUAUUCAGUAUAUAUUUCUAUUUUAUUUUAAUAUGCUAGCUGUAAGUGACAGAGAUGCAAGAAUGAGUAUGUGAGUGCUUUUACAGUAGCUUGUGUAGAUGCAUCCAUUGAAAGAAUGUUAUGGUGAAAAGAAUAUUUAUGCUUGUAUGAGAUCAGCUGUUAAAUAAACUAG